GCAUUAUUCAAAACCAAACUCCAAACCUCCAAAUAUGUAUACUCAUUCCAUUAUUUUAUCACUCAUUUUUGCCAAUCUACUUCUCUUCUCCGGCCUCCCUCCCACCGCGGCGGCCGGUGGGAGUUGGCGGUUGCUCCAGAGAAACGUCGGCAUAUCGGCCAUGCACAUGCAAUUGCUUCAAAAUGACCGUGUUGUGAUGUACGACCGUACUGAUUUUGGUCCUUCCAAUUUGUCUCUGCCCGGAGGAAAAUGCCUUAGAGACCCUACAGCCAAAAUAAAAGUUGACUGUACGGCACAUUCUAUUGAGUACAAUGUCAUCACCAACACAUUCCGACCACUCAUGGUUCUUUCCGACGUUUGGUGUUCCUCCGGCUCGGUAUCCCCCGACGGCACUCUCGUCCAAACUGGCGGUUUCAAUUCCGGGGAACGCCGAGUCAGAACCUUCAAACCAUGUUCCACGUGUGAUUGGAAAGAGAUUCCAUUAGCACUAUCGGCCCGCCGGUGGUACGCCACUAACCAUAUUCUCCCCGACGGUAGACAGAUCAUUAUCGGCGGUCGGAGACAAUUUAAUUACGAAUUUUACCCAAAAGACAGAGCAACUCAAAAUGUGUUCGAUUUGCGUUUCUUAGCAGAGACUAAUGACAUUGGCAUCGAAAACAAUUUAUACCCAUUUGUUUUUCUUCAGCCUGAUGGAAAUUUAUUUAUAUUCGCUAACAAUCGAGCGAUUCUAUUUGAUUACACCAAAAACGGAGUGGUCAGAAAAUUCCCAGCUAUUCCUGACGGCCAGCAUCGGAACUACCCGAGCACUGGCUCCGCCGUGAUGCUUCCAUUGAAAGUGGACGCUAAAUUCAUAGAAGUUGAAGUAUUGGUUUGCGGUGGAGCUCCGAUAGGGUCUUAUGAUAGGGCCAAUCAUGGAAUUUUUGUAGAUGCUUUGAGAACUUGUGCCAGAAUUAAAAUUACUGAUCGAAAUCCUCAGUGGGUUAUGGAAACAAUGCCGCAACCCAGAGUGAUGGUCGAUAUGUUGUUGCUUCCAAACGGCAACGUUUUGCUCAUUAACGGAGGUUCCGCUGGUGCCGCCGGUUGGGAAAUCGGCCGGAAACCGGUUUUAAACCCGGUUAUAUACCAUACGAAUAACCCAGUUGGUAAAAGAUUCGAAUUGCAAAAUCCGACCACAAUUCCUCGAAUGUACCACUCGACGGCCAUACUACUCCGUGACGGUCGCGUUCUCGUCGGCGGUAGUAAUCCACACGCCGGAUACAAUUUCACCGGCGUACUUUAUCCGACGGAACUAAGGUUAGAAGCAUUUUCACCUUCGUAUUUAGACCCUGAAUUUGCAUACCUACGACCUGCAAUCCAAUUCCCUGCUUCUUCGGCAAAGCUCCGGCAUGGGCAAGCAUUGAAGGUGGGUUUUACAGUCCCCGGUAAAGUUGACUCGACAAAAUUGUCGGUGACGAUUUUAUCGCCGUCGUUCAAUACUCAUUCGUUCUCGAUGAAUCAGAGGCUGUUGAUUCUUAGCACCGGAAAGUACAGACUUAGAGGAAAUAAGAAAUAUGAAGUUGAGGUUACAAUUCCGGGAUCAGGUAAUGUUGCACCGUCGGGAUAUUAUAUAUUAUACCUUGUUCAUAAGGAAAUUCCGAGCGUGGGAAUUUGGGUUCAAAUUGGGUGAUGGAAAAUUCGGGAAAUUUGUGUUGGGAUAUAAUCUUUAGUUUUCAUUUGUGUUUUUGUGUUUUAUUUUUUUUAAACACAAUUAGAAAGAAAAAGGAAAAGAAGAAACACAGUAGUUUGAUUGGAGAAAGGUUCGAUAUGCUUCAAAUGAAUAAAA